AUGUCAGAAGGUAAAAUUCCGAUGGAAAAUUUGGCCAUUUCAUUAAUAAACAUAUUGAAUAGAAGAAAUAUUUUCCCACCAUUAUUCAAUAAUCCAGAAUCAUUUGUCCAUCCUGUUGAUUCAAAAAAAAAGCCCUUUAAUUCAUUCAUGAUAUGCAGAAGAAAUGUAUAUAAAGAAUCGAAUCGUAAAGGAAAUCAUAAUAUGCGUGUGAUAAGCAAGGCCGCCGGUAUAUUAUGGAACAGUGCUUCUCUUGAAGAAAAAAAUGUAUAUAAAGAGAUAGCCGAUCGCGUUCAUGAAAUUUACUUACUGAGAAGUUGUACAUUUAAAUUUAAAUUAAAAAUUCCCUUUCCGAAAGAACCUUCUCCACAUCCUUUAUCUGCAACAAAUCCUAAAAAGGAUUUAAAUAGGAGCAAAAUAUUCUUUUUAUUAAAUUAA